AUGUCGUCGGCGGUCUCGUCCCCGGCCUCCUUCCUCGCGCUCGCGUCCGCGUCCCCGGGCAGACGCAGGCGGGCGAGGGUGGGCGCCCCGCCGCCGCUCCACGCCAACCGGUGGCUGGCGCUGCACUGGCCGCCGUCGACGCGGGAUGGAGCGGUGGCGGUGCGCGCCGAGGCCGGGAAGAAGGGCGCCAGGGGCGACGACGCCGCGGGGGCGCCCCGCGCGAGACGCGCCGGCGCCGCGGGCAAGGUCGCCAAACGGAGGGAUCCGGCCGUCCUCACGGUCGAUCGCUACGGCGCCGGCGACGCCGCCAAAGGUGGCGCCGACUCCCCACCCGCGCCGACUACUCAGAACGCCGUGCUGCCCAACGGUGAAAACGUGCCUGUCCGCGGGCUGUCCCCGCCAGCACCGAGGCAGGAGGCGCCACGUCUCCCAACCCAGAACGCCGUGCCGGUGAACGGCGAGAACAAAUCUACCGUCGCCGCGCCGCUGCCGAGCGCAGCGAAGGUCGUGCUUCCGGGUUCCGUGCCGAUCCUCCCCGCCAGGAACAAGGCGCCGAUCCUCCCAGCCGAGAAGACGCCGCCCUCGUCCCGGCCAAAUCUAGUGUCUGCUCCUCCAAGUCCCAGCACCGUCGGCGAUGUGGCAUCCGCAGAGAAGAUGAUCGCGGACAUCGUGGAAAAGGCUUCCAAGCCAAAGACCCUCUCACCCGCUGCACCCGCCGUACAGGAGCUGUGGGACUUCAAGAAAUACAUUGGGUUCGAGGAGCCGGUGGAGGCCAAGGAUGAUGGCCGGGCUGCCGCGGACGCUGCAGGCUCCUUUGAGAACCACCAGAAUCACGAUUCCGGGCCUUUGGCCGGGGAGAAUGUCAUGAACGUGAUCCUCGUUUCUGCUGAAUGUUCUCCCUGGUGCAAAACAGGUGGUCUUGGAGAUGUUGCUGGUGCUUUGCCAAAGGCUUUGGCAAGGAGAGGACAUCGUGUUAUGGUUGUCGUGCCAAGGUAUGGGGACUAUGAAGAAGCCUACGAUCUUGGAAUCCGAAAAUACUAUAAGGCUGCUGGACAGGAUUUGGAAGUGAAUUAUUUCCAUGCAUAUAUCGAUGGAGUCGAUUUUGUGUUUAUUGACGCUCCUCUCUUCCGACACCGUCAGCAUGACAUUUAUGGGGGCAGCAGACAGGAAAUUAUGAAGCGCAUGAUUUUGUUCUGCAAGGUUGCUGUUGAGGUUCCUUGGCAUGUUCCAUGCGGCGGUGCCCCUUAUGGUGAUGGGAAUCUGGUGUUCAUUGCAAAUGAUUGGCACACGGCACUCCUGCCCGUCUAUCUGAAAGCAUAUUACAGAGACCAUGGCUUGAUGCAGUAUGCUCGCUCGGUUCUGGUGAUACAUAACAUCGCUCACCAGGGCCGUGGCCCUGUAGCUGAAUUCCCGUACACUGACUUGCCUGAGCACUACCUGGAACACUUCAAACUGUACGACCCAGUGGGUGGUGAACACGCCAACUACUUCGCCGCCGGUGUGAAGAUGGCAGACCAGGUUGUCGCAGUCAGCCGUGGAUACCUGUGGGAGCUGAAGACGGUGGAGGGCGGCUGGGGGCUUCACGACAUCAUACGGCAGAAUGACUCGAAGAUACACGGCAUCGUGAACGGCAUCGACAACGAGGAAUGGAACCCCGAAGUGGACAUGCACCUGCAGUCGAACGGCUACACCAACUACACCCUGAGGACUCUGGAUGCUGGCAAGCGGCAGUGCAAGGAGGCCCUGCAGCGCGAGUUGGGCCUAGAGGUCCGCGGCGACGUGCCGCUGAUCGGCUUCAUCGGGCGGCUGGACGGGCAGAAGGGCGUGGAGAUCAUCGCGGACGCGAUGCCGUGGAUCGUGAGCCAGGACGUGCAGCUGGUGAUGCUGGGCACCGGGCGCGAUGACCUGGAGCGCAUGCUGCGGCACUUCGAGUGGCAGCACAAUGACAAGGUGCGCGGGUGGGUCGGGUUCUCCGUGCCAUUGGCGCACCGGAUCACAGCAGGCGCGGAUGUGCUCGUCAUGCCCUCCAGGUUCGAGCCGUGCGGGCUGAACCAGCUGUACGCCAUGGCCUACGGCACCAUCCCCGUCGUGCACGCCGUCGGCGGCCUGCGGGACACGGUGUCGCCGUUCGACCCCUUCGGUGACUCGGGGCUUGGGUGGACGUUCGACCGCGCCGAGGCGCAGAAGCUGAUUGAGGCGCUCGGGCACUGCCUGAACACGUACCGGAACUACAGGGAGAGCUGGAGGGGGAUCCAGGAGCGCGGCAUGUCGCAGAACUUCAGCUGGGAACACGCCGCGAAGCUCUACGAGGAUGUCCUUGUCAAGGCCAAGUACCAGUGGUGAACUCUGCUAGCUGAUCGGACCCUGCCUGCGCGCAUGAGAGCAUGGGAAUGCGCAUCGCGCACUUGACAGGCUUUGGCGCAGGGACUUGCCGAUCUCCUGCCAUCUUUGACGAUUGAAGCGCAGCCAUCCGCGAGGUGUAGGUGACCUGAGGUGUGUGGUUGAUACUCUGUCCCGAUUUGGUUCGUAGCUGAGUAGGGUGGAGGUAGAGAAAGCGUUUCACUGAUGCAGGUGU